ACCGGAACGAGUUCUCACCACACCUACCUUGGCGUUCAGGAGUGACAUUUGAAUGACAUCUAGUGUCAAAUUGUUGAAACGGCAUAUUCGUCUUCUUAUUUUUUACUUAUCAAUAACAAAAUAUUUCGGUCCAGGCGAAAUAACCUGGUAUUGUAAUAUUUAACAAGCAGCCAGAUGAGUUCUGAAGUCAGAGCAUGUGAACCUUUGACUGAUCAACAUUUCUCGACCUUCUCAAAAUGGAUGGAUGUGAUGCCCAUCAUGACAUUCCAUACCUCAGUGGCAGCCUCUAGCGGACAUGUCCCAUCGUGACAAACUACGCCCAGUUAAAUCCAGGGGGAUGAAGUCAACCUUUACCCCAAGAUCCGCCAUUUCAGCCCCUGAGUUUCACGUUGCAAAUUACUUCAGAUUUAAUUUAAAACGCCUUGAUAAAUAAAUUAUAUAGUUCUGGUUGCAACAAUUAAUUCUUAAGGGGGGACAGUAAUUGUUUUGUGGUAGUCGGUUACAUUUAUAUACAUUAACGGUUUAAAGCGGUAUCGAUGCCGUGUCUUUUCCCGGAGCGUGUUCUUACAGUGAAACAAAGUUGUAUGAGUUGAAUCCUAGUUGUGGACAGGGAGAGGCAAGGGGAAGGCCUCGGAGUGGAUUUGCAGUAAUGGCCGGGAAUUUUGAUGCGGAGGAUCGUGCUAGCUGGUACUGGGGAAGGUUGAGCCGACAGGAGGCGGUUUUCCUCUUGCAGGGUCAGAGACAUGGCGUGUUUCUCGUCAGGGACUCUAUUACCAGUCCCGGGGACUACGUGCUAUCCGUCUCAGAGAACUCAAAAGUAUCACAUUAUAUAAUCAACAGCAUCAGCAACAACCGGCAAUCUGGAUCAGGUUUGGCCCCUCCGCGAUUCCGCAUCGGGGACCAGGAGUUUGACGCCCUGCCCAUCCUUCUGGAGUUCUACAAGAUCCACUACCUGGACACCACCACGCUGAUCGAGCCCAUCAGCAAGGCCAAGCACACUAGCUUUGUGAGCUGUGCCGCCACCGCCCCUCCCACUGCAUCGGGCAGCGCCCCGCAGGAGGCAGAGUUUGUUCGCGCCCUCUUCGACUUCCCCGGCAACGACGAGGAGGACCUGCCCUUCCGCAAGGGUGACGUGCUGCGUGUGCUGGAGAAGCCUGAGGAGCAGUGGUGGAACGCGGCUAACCAGGAGUGCCGCGCCGGCAUGAUCCCCGUACCCUAUGUGGAGAAGUACCGACCCGCCUCACCCGCCUCGCCCACCUCGGUGGCGGGAGGGCCGGCGGGUGUUGGGGGCUGCACUACAGAUGGAGCAGCACCCCAGUUGCCCCCGCCUCUGGGAGAGCCAGGCCAGUAUGCCCAGCCCAUGGUCAACACUCCCCUGCCCAACCUGCAGAACGGGCCCGUCUAUGCCCGCGCCAUUCAGAAAAGGGUGCCCAACGCCUACGACAAGACGGCCCUCGCCUUGGAGGUCGGAGACAUGGUGAAAGUGACCAAGAUCAACGUGAACGGCCAGUGGGAGGGCGAGUGCAAGGGCAAGCGCGGCCACUUUCCCUUUACGCAUGUCCGGCUGCUGGACCACCAACACUCCGAGGACGAGAGCUGAGACACACACACACACUUACACAGCCACACUCCUCACUUCACAUAAGUCCAAUCCAUUCGUCCUCUGUGAUUUUCACCUAUGAUCGAAAAUAACACAUGAUAUACGGACUGCAGUGGUCAGAAGUUGCAGCACAUUCGCUGUUGUUGCUAAUGUGUGUGAGAGAGAAUUUAUUUAUAUGAAGUUCUCACUCACACACACAGAAUAUAAUUUACACUUCUACCCCUGUAUUGAAGUCCUGAUACACUACACACACACAGCAGAGUUUACUCUCCCAUGUUUGGCAUGAAAUCGUCCUAUACACACGUAUUUGUCCGCACACACACACAUGCCCGCACACGGACCAGACGCUGGUGUAUAUGUGGUUUCUCUCACAGACUCAUGGAUCACCCUUUUGUAGUACAGGACAGUGAAUCUGGGACCUAGAAGAGAAGAGUGGCCAUACUGACUCCUGAUUGACUCCCUCUAGUGGAGAAAGACACUCACUGCGACUGAAACCGACCAUUGCUGCACUCCACAGAUAGGACAAGUUACCACAGGACACCCACCAACGGGGCCUUAACCAAGCCCCUCUGCUACAAACCCCACACUACGAAGUCCUCUUUUUGUACGGAAAUUAAAUGGAAAAUAUUAUGACAUAUGACACCAUUACAUACUAAAUAUAAUGUUAAAUGUUUUUUUGUGUGUUUCUUUUUACCCUGUGCAUGAUCAGACCAUCGCCGCCCUGUGUGAUCACUGACUUUCUGAAAUGCUAUGAUGACUGUGUCUUGUCUGGGGAGUAAGUGGAGACAUUCCUUAGGACUGUAAAGUAUGGGGCCUUUGUCCAGUCCACCUCAUUGUUGUGAGAGAUACAAUGGCCAAACAACAGCUUUGUAUAUAAAUAUACCAAGCAGAUAUUUGAACGCUCUCUCCUAACUUUGGUCUGCCCCGGUGUCCUCCUUUCCCAUCCUCUUGAUCUCCUCCUGUCUCAUUCAUUUAUAUGAUGGUCCGAUCCAUUUCCUCCCGGCCUCCCCCAUGUCAAAGACACUAGAUACACCUGCUGAGUAUGUGUUAUUGUAUACAAAGGCCUUUUUGGCAGGGGGAAAUGUGUCAACAUAUUUUAAAUGAUUCAGAACCUCACAUUGUCAUAAUCAACACAAAGCCACAGCGUUAAUCCUUUGGUCUCUCCGCUUGUUUCCCUCCCAUGUGGACUGUAACAAACACAGUACAUACACGUUUUUACAUGUACUAAAUUCAUUUCUGCUCGCUUAGUUUCAACUGGGAGCUCCGAGUUAGGUCUGGGUUGAGUUUGGUAAGGCACAGUGAAAGUGUUACAGUUUUUGUAACAGAAAACAAUAAUGAAUGUUUCUUAUUGGACAGGUUCAAGUAGUACCUCACAGUUUCAAAAUGUCUCUCUCCUCCCGACUGAACACAACCAUAGUCAUUUCCCUAGAGUCUCUCCCUUGGUGCCAAUCUGUCACCCUCACCCAGUACCUACCCUCUGGGCUCAGCUAUGACACACAAAGCCACUGACAUACCAGAUGCAUUGCAGGAUGCUAAACGUCAUCAUAUGCAGAUGACCACAUUGCUAAAGGACUGUGGGUGAAAGGCACAUAGUCACUGGCCAAUCAUAGUAACAUGGGUGGGUGUGUGGACCAAUCGUAGGCGUAUGGGAGCGUUUUAGGCCAAUUGUCAUUUAGGGAGAGCCUGUUGAUUUGUCCUCUCUACCUCGUGUCUGAAUUGUUUUAAUUUAUAUAGAUUUUUUCCCUUCAGACAUAUGAAAAAAAGCUGAUCUGAAGUGCCAUGCUCAGUUCAUCAGUAUUUUUGUGGAAAUGUUUUUUGUUUGUUUUAAGGAGCAAUUAUAGCCAAAACACUCUUUCCUUACUCCCUCAACUAUAUCCUGUGGUAUUUUGUAAAAUAUGUGCUGGGAAUUGGCCUGCUAGGUGCACAAGUUUCACAAGAGAGUAAGAACCCCCCCUUUCCUUCCAAGUCCAGUUCUAAUGAAGCUGCAAGGCUUUUUAAUAAUACUAAGUAAGAGUUAGACUAUUAACAAGCCCUAUGUAGAUGUUUGUUAAAGUUUACAUGAGGGCAACCUGCAUAACUUGCGUUGACUGCAGCGGGAUUGUAUUUAUGAGACAAUGAACAGUAAUGUCUAAUGGUUUUAUGCUCUGUUUGUGAUAUAAACUGAGUUCAGUGACGGAGUAGUAUGGCAAGAGGAUUAUUGAACUAUGACUUCUACAGAAAGCACCAGUGUUGCGUUCAGUAGGGUACAAUGUAGCAAAAUGUUUGCAAUGGGGGGAAUCCGUGUUCUUAUUGGUCAAGUUCAGGUAGUACCUCCCAGUUUCACUCUGUCAUAAUGUUUUCUCCCUACUGAACAAGACCAGGGUCACUGCUAGAACCAACAACCCUUGUCGCCCCUGUGUAAGAAUAUUUCAAAGCGUUUUGUGAAUUUGAAAUUAUGCAAUCUGUAAUUAGCAAUGACCGAGAAAGACUUGCACAAAUGAAUGAAUGUGACUGAAACUCAAACUGAAAAUGUGACAUUAAACUGCAAGACAGUU